CUGAGCGAUCUGUCAGUGGCUGUAUUCCAUAUUUUCGGUUGGGACAGUAGCACACACUGGCAGCAGUGAAAGUGAGAAAUAACUCCGUAAACUGGAAUAAUUCCGAACACGAGGACUGAUGAGCAAACAAACCCACAUAUGAAGGGAAGCAGAAUGAAUGUGGAGACCCUCAGUAAAGCUGAACUUCUGAUGCUGCUUAGCAUUCUGAAAGGAGAAUUGGAGGCACGGGAUGUAGUCAUACACACACUCAGGGCACAACAGAAAGAAGCAUUUGUACAAGAGCGAUACGGACAGUAUGACCUCCGAGACCCCUUCGUAGCACUGCUGAGGGACAGCGAGCUUUCUCAGGGUGAAGGUAAUGGAGAACAGGAUCCCGUGCAUCUGAACCCAUUGGGUGUGUUGAGGCUGGUGAUGGCCCACUGUACCAACAUGAAGGACAAAAUGAUGAAACAGCUCGCUGCUGCGGAGAGAAGACACAGGCGGGUAAUCGCUGAUUUAGAGGAAGAGAAAAGACGACGGGUGCAAGACGUGGCCGCAGGCGAUGACAUCACAGCCAUGUUAGAGAAGGAACAGGAAAGACUGCUGCAGCAGCUGGAGUUGGAGAGAGCCGAAGUCAAACGUUUAGAGCGUGAGAGGUCGGCCCUGUCGAAUCAAGUCGAGGAAGAUUUAGCACAGCAGCAGCAGUUAUCCUCAACACUGGCUGAAGAAUGUCAAAGAGCCACGGCGCGGGCAGAAGAGGGGAGCCAACGAGUCACGGAGCUCAGCCGUCUGCUGGAACAAGAGCGCAGUACCAUUGAACGCCUGAAGGGGGAGCUGGAGAACGAACGCAGUCGUGCUCAACAGAUAGAGGCGAGAGUUGAGAGACACCUUGCUGAGUUUGAUACCGAGCGUGAGCAGAUGAGAGGAAAACUACGCAAGGAAGAAAAAAGAUAUGAAGAACUGCAGGAGCAGCUGAACAGUUUAAAGAAAGAGCUGGAUGAGAUGAAACAAAGAGCAAAGGGAAGGAGCGAUAAUGCUGAUGAGGAAAAAGUAAAAGUUUCUCCGAAAAUAACUGAGGUAGAUGGCAAAUCCGCUGGAUUAAAAUCAUCUCCACUGCCCAAACUAAAUGGUCACCACACCCCCAAAGAGGCGGAGUCUCCCACAGAAGAGAAGUUUAAGGAAGACAAUGGAGUGGGGAUUCCUGGAGGAGGCGGUGCCUUGCAAUGUCUCUCUCCCAGCAGCCCUGCCUCAUCCUCUCUUAGCUCAUCUCCCUGCUCAUCUCCUGUGCUGACCAAGCGUUUGGCAUCUCUGGGGUGCUCCAGCCCCACCUACCCCUCCUCCUACCAGGCCAGCAUUAACCAACGAUUCCAAGCAGCACGUCACAAGUUUCAGGCACAAGCUGAGGCAGACCAACACGUCACCGUCGUCCACUCGCCACGUGACCUCUCCCCCACCGCCUCCUCUCCCACACCUCCAGACAAUUCUUCGGCGAAGCAGAUCGCCCGCCACACCGUCACUCAGGCGCUCUCCCGAUUCACAAGCCAGCAAGCGGCGAGUAAACUCCCUCCAGCCAACAGCUCGCCCUUCGGCACCGAUUACCGUAAUCUGUCCGCCGCCUCCUCUCCGACAGGGAAAAGCCCAGGCAUUCUUUCACCUGGGAUCCGCUCGCCAAUCAUUCCCAGGGCAGAGAAGGUUCAUUCACCCUCUGUUGCUUUUAAAAAGCAGGGGGUAAACCAAUCCCCAAACUCCCCUGUGCAUGCAAGCAGGGCCAGCCACUUUCCUGAGCUCUCUGGGGGCUGCGGUCUCACCAGCGGUCAGGAGGAUGCAAAAGAGCUCGACUUGGUUAUGUCUUCAUCUAGUUAACCAGCCUGAAGCCGCACAGCCUAAUCCAUUCCCUUUAAAUGCAUCUAUAGCACUCUAUAAGAACCUUAAGGUUUAAUUCAUUUAUAUUCAGCCUAAUCACUUGGGUCGGUUUCCCGGAAGUGGUUUAAAUUAAUCCAGGACUAGGACAUUUUACAAACAAACCUUACAAAAAAACAAUGCUGGUGUGAAUCUUGAGACUGAUACAUGUUAAAAUAUGUCAGUUCAAGGUGUUUUUAAACUAAGGCAGCUCAAACAUACACUUUAGGAUAAACCCUGUCUGGGAAACCGCCCCAUAGUUUCUUGCUCAUUUGAUCCAUACUGCUACUAUCAAAUGAAAGAUCCCCAUUUAAACCUCUGAUAGAGCAAACCUCAGUCUGAACCCCAAAAACGGGGCGCACACACCCUGACCUACCGUGUGAAAUACUACUCAUAUGGAAUUGAAUUUAUUUAAAUAUUCUUUACUUUUUAUUCAUUUUAAUAAUAUAUUUUUUAUCCUAGAUAAAAAAUUAUAACGUUUUAUUUAUCCUAAAGUUUUUUUUUUUUUUUGGUAGUCCAUUCCUGAUGUCAAGUGACCUGCAUAAAGAAAAAAUUAAGUAUAUAAAGGAAAAUAUUUUACGAGAUGAAACGCAUACAGAUUUACUGAUCAAUCAAUUUUGAUCUACUAACAUAAUAUAAUCCAUUCUCAAUCUCAAAGUCCUGAUGAUUGUAACAGUUAAAAUCCGUUUAAACUUCAAUCAUGAAAUGUAAGUUAAUAACUUAGUCUUAAGUUAACUGUAAGGCAUUUUAAGAGACAGUUAUGGAAAUCCUCUAUCUGUAUCUAUAUUGUAUCAUGAUUGCAUCGCCAUCUAGUGUUGAGCUGAAGAAGUGUGAUGUCAUGUUUACCUCAUACAGAUACUAAAUGUUUGUAAACAAUAUUUCGCGUCGAAUCAGAAAAAAACACUGCUAAUCUGGGUUUAAUAACCAUUAACCCAGCAUUAUAUAUAUAUAUAUACAAAUAUUAAAAAUAACCAUAUUUUAGGUAGAACCUAUAGCUUACCCAAGUAUAUUUCAUGAUUUACGACCAUGGUAAAAGCACAAAUAAGUGAUGUCAUUAUUUAAUGCUUACUUCACCCAGGGACUUUUCUUACCAGUGUCUUUUCACUAGUUGUGUUAAAAAUGAUUUUGUGUAGAAAUCCUGCUGUCAUAAAUACACAAUGCUGUCUAAAGUGGCUUAUAAAAGCACAAUGUUUGGGUUUUAAGGUCUUUCCUAUAGAUUUCAACUGCUCCAUCAUUUCAUUUGUUUUUAAAUACCUCAGUUUCUCCUACAGUACUGCAACUCUUAAGUAGCAGUUUAGAUUUCUACUGUAUCCUGUUUUUGUGUGUGUGUGUGUGUGUGUGUGUGUUGAAACUGAACCAAUAUUAGAUUUUAUAUUUUUGUCUGGGACUUGUAAGGACCAGUGUGCUUUUUAAACUUUUGGCUAGUUUUUCUUACCUUUUACCUGUAAUGUUAUUGCAUUUAUAUGAAUACACUCCUCACUUGGGAAUACAUUUUAGGAGAAAUAUAAGAUUCAUUCAUUGAUGCGUCUAAUCCUGCUGUAUGCUGCGACAUCUUGACAUUUGGCCUGCACAGGCAACGGUGCAGCGUCAGAUUUUGGACAAUAUGGGAUGGUGUUAAAAUUCACUGAUUCAUCUGAAAUAAAUCUUUACUGAUUUCACAAGGGAAGAAGAUUUUACACAAUAAAGGCUCAACAGUAACCAAGUCAUUUUUGGAGCCAGUUAUUCAUUUACUGUGAUUAGAUAUUUUUACUUUGCAUGUUUGUUUGUUUUUAAUCUGAAAAAAGACAAGUUGUGAGAGAAAGAAUAUGCUAGUAUUACAUGAUGGAUUCAAGGGAGUAUUUUACAGAGGGAUUUUUGAUGAAACAGUCA